CCCAAUAACAAGGCAGGCUCUGAAAGGACAUCUAACACAUUUGUGCAUCCUGCUGACACACAUUUUGUACUCUAAAAUACUACAACAGGAAUCGGUAAAAAAUAUUCCUUCGCAAUAUUUUAAUAAACGUCACAUCUAUUUAUACUCCCAAAGGUGAAAUACAUUAAACGUUUUCGUACACAGUUUUUCUAUAAGAAUUUUUGCCUUAAGAAGAGUCCUAACACGCUUGGAAUAAAAAUAAACCAUUUAAAACGUACAUUUACUACAAGCAGUUACGAUUUACCUACCAGCUUGUCGUCAAUCCUCAGGAAAAAAGAAAAAUGUUCAGUUUGUGGUAUUCCCUGCUUGCUUGGAAGGAGUACAAGAAGAAUAAACUAGCUACCAAACCAACGAGCCAACAAAACUCAGCAGAAGAAACGAAAUCUAAACAAGAAGUGCCUAAUGUAGAACUAGAACCUGUCAAAUCGUUCGAUCCAAAGACAAAUCAAUUGCCUUCAGUGCCUCAAAUUCAACCUCAAAGUACACCGAAACCGGUGUCAAGUCCCCAGAACACGAUAAUAGAAACAUCGUUCCCAGGCACGAUGCAAAAUUCCCCCAUAGCCUUAAUGGACCCCCCUGUGAAGCCCCCAAGAUCGCCUUCACCACAUCCAAUAAGAACGGAAGUUUAUGACAUAGAAUUCGAUUCAGAGGAAAGUGAAGAAGAUGAUGACGAAGAUGAAGAACAGAACUCUGUUAUCGCAUCAAAUGUGGCGGACGAGAACCAUGUGGCCCCCCAUAUUGAAGAAUACCUGUCUUCGCAAAUAUUUGGUAUAAAGAAGGAAUCAUCAUAAAUAAUGGGAUUAUUCCAUUUAUUUUGUAACAUACAAUUCAUAAGUUCCCCGAAUUUGUGAAAAAUUCAAGUUGUUUUUGUUAUGGCGUUGAAUAAAUAUUUUUUUCAAUA